UAGAGAAGGAAAAGGAUUUUGGAAUAGAAACGAAAGAUUAGAGAGAAACGAAUAGAAACGGAAGAUCAUAAAAGGCAAAGAUCGAUGUUGCAAGGAAGCCGGUGUCCAACAAAUCAGGGCCGGUGGUGUUCGAAUUCAUAGUCAGUUGUAAGCUCUUUACGACUUUUUUUUCCUUCUCUCUCUCGAAAUAUGCGAUAACGCUCUUUUGCUCAUGUACAUUGGGGGCUUCUGCCUCGAGGGCUUUCCUUGGUGUUGGAUAUAAUAGCUGAUUGGUCCAACCCUUGGAUAAGGCAACCCUCUCUCGCAACGAUGAAUCGUACCAUUUUUUUUCGUCUCAUUUCAAGAUAUGCCCAUAAAAAUUGCGCAAAGUACCACAAUUAUUAAGAGGGUCAUACGAUUGGAAGAGAGAUAUUAAGAACAUAUAAAGAAGUAUAAAAACAAGGAAAAGAAAAGAAGAAGAAAGAGAAAUAAAAGGAAAGGGGUUAGUUAAGAAAACUAAAGAAAAAAGUGCUGGAGAAUCGCGAAUUCGCGUCUCCGGCUGUGUGGUGAAACAUCGGGUAAUCUCAACGCUGGGCGAGACGGAGAGCAGUGGAUCGUGGUCGUCAUCGGGGAGAAUAAUCACGAGGAUCCCACGAAAUGAGAGGCUAGCGUUCGAGGUGGGUCGUUGGUCAGCGGGCGUGCAAGAAGGGACGGUUCGGCGGCGGAAGCCUGGAUAGUAGGAGGUUUCCAACAUGGCCGCUGCCUGCUACGAGAAGGAAGUGGUGGUAGGUGCCGCUAUGCAUGGACACGGUCAUCACCAUCACCACCACCAUCAUCAUCACCAUCACCAUCACCAUCAUGGAAUCGGCGGCGGAUCUACCGGCGGUGGCGGCGGCCCGGCUGCCACGGGUGCCGCGACGGGACCGAGUGGACAACAAACCGUCCUACCGGCCGCAUCGACCGGCAUCCUCGACACCACCGUCACUGCUGCUGCCGUCGGCUCCGGUACGACCGCAAACACAAAUACGACGACCGCCACCGCGACCGCAGCAGCUGUCGCAGCCGCGGCGGCAGCCGCUGCGGUUGCAGUCACCACCUACAAGGACUACAAGGAUUACUCGCAACCUCUCCACGUUGACUGCAGUGUCGAGUACGAGCUGCCGAGCCAAGCAAAACCACCACCCGGUGGCGGUGAACCUCUUCUCAUGAUACACCCAUGCUAUUAUCGACGAGCUGAACGUGAAAGGAGAAGUCCUUUCGUCAACAAUCUACCACCACCGGCAAACGCGCCGAUUUCGUCGAGGCGAAGCAGCAGGCGAAGUGCCUCGGCCGCUGUCGUUGCCACCGCGACCGCAGCCGCUGCCGUUUCCUCCACCUCGUCCGUUGUUGCACCCUCUUCUACGGCUGCCGCCGUUUCUACCUCGACUGUGUCAUCUUCCAGUUCCGCUGUCGCAGCCGCAGCAGCAGUCUUAUCGGCAACUGUUGUCGCAACAACCGAUUCAGGAUCGAAUCUCGUUUCCACAACCAGUCAAAUGUCUGCUGCGGCUAUGGCAGCUUCCUAUCGUGCGGCUCUCAAUGCUGCUGCAACUCUAUCGCAACAACAACAACAACAACAGCAACAAAGACGUCAACAUCAUCCGCAACAGCAACAACAAUCACAAGCACCUCCACCACCGCCACAGCAGCAACAACAAAGUCAUCAUCUUCAUCGAUCUCAUGCUCACCCCCUCCACAAUCAACAAACCCAGCAGCAGCAGCAGCAAGUAAGUUCGGUGUCGUCAACCUCUUCCGCCACCGAACUAAUCUCUGCUGACGAAAAAGCAGUCAUAUCAGGUAUUUAUCAACACUACUUCCGCGCAAUGCGCGCUCACAAUCAUCAGCAUCGACAGCAACAGCAGCAACAGCAGCAGCAACAAGCAACACAGCAACAUCGAACGACUCAUCAGAUUCAUCAUCAACCUCACCAAAGCGACCGAAGUUCCUCCUCGUCGGUGACACCAACGGUUACGUCAAUAUCCGGCAUAUUGCGGCAGACUUAUCAACAGACGUAUAACGCGACGAAUUCGAGUUCGUCGAGUCAUCUACGGGCAACAACAGCCUCGGUGGUCGGGCAUCAUCCGUACAGGCGACCGUCGACCACGUUGCGUGCAACAUCACACAUUGGUCAACAGGCUUCUUCCUCUUCUUCCUCGUCCUCUUCCUCCUCGACGUCGAUCGGUGCUUCCAGCGGCGUUUCUUCUGGUGGCGUUUCCAGUGUAUACGCGAGCACAAUACACAGGCAUCAUGCCACUUCGCUACACGCCCUUCAAGCGGCUGGUUUUUACGAAACGCCUGGUUAUCAUGCGCUUUUGCCGCAGAGUUAGGUGUCUACCAGCAGCGUGAACCCGCUCGAGACCGACCCUAUUGCCAACCUUCAUUUAUUCACCUAAUCCGGCUACAAAGCUGUGUGCUCUCUCUUCCCUAUUGUACGACUUAUCUUCCAUACUCGUUAAAGCGCAUACGGGUUGGUCUAACUCUGCCUAGUACACUCGGGAUACAUCUAUCUCUGCGACAUACACGCUACUUCUCCCUACGUGUAUUCACUGUAUAUACGUGUAUGUAUGUAUCGUCGUCGACGCAACGAUCGUACGUGCCGUGCUCUCCGUUGUUGGCAGUGGUGUGCGGGUGGCCGGACGGACGGACGGACGAGCAGAAAGCCACAGAAUAAACACACGACGCAUACACACCACCACCAUCACUACCACCACCACCAUCACCAUCACCACUAUUAUACACAGAUAUACAUUCAACCAGAGACAGAUGGAUGGAACCACUAACAACUGAAAUGGUUGCCUAUGUAGGCAUCGACCAAUUUCAUCCACCUGCAAUAUGUGUGCGCUUCUCAGGUAUAAAAAUCCAUUUGCUUAGGUCUUGUAUUAACGUCUUAUUAUUUUUAGUCAUACACUUUCAGCCAAAGACACGAGAUUUCCUCCGCGUAAAUUCUUGAAACUCGGAUGCCUUUCUUAGCCGGGCAAACAUCGUGUACACGCGAUCCUUCUCUCGUUGUAUGCCAUCGCCGCUGUAGUCACGACGACGGUGGCGGCUGCGGCUCCUUUCGCUCUUUUUCUCAUCCUUCGUCUUUGAAUACUGGCGGAUCGCGUACACAUCAGUCAACAAUAGUAUAUUUUUCAGAUAUACAAAAUCGAUAUACGUACAAUUUAGUCUCAUUUUCAAACGAGUUAUACAUUAUUGGUCAUCAAUAAUUCAUUAUAUCGUUAUUCCCUAACUAGCGAAUAGCUUAUUACUUUGGUUUUACCUCAACUCUUCUCUGCUUAUAUACUCGGAACCCAUCGACAAUCAUUGUAAUCACAAGUGCCAAAAUCUGAAUGCAACGUUAUAUACAUUUUCCGAUAGGGUACAAGCGCAAUUUUUUUUUUCUUCGAACAAAAACCACAUACAGGGACACUUGUCUUUUCUUUUCUUUUCUUUUUUCUUUUUUCUUUUCUUUGCGAGCAUAUACAGGAAACGGCAAUGUGACGUUGCACAUUGCAUUUGUCCUGCUCUAACGGAACGUCCGUUUCUCGUUUCGUCCUUUCUCCCAGAACGCUUCUCGUUUCUUCGUUCGAACUUCUUUGUUUUUCUCCGUCUCUGUCCGUCUCUCGGAACGGAACAUCUCUAGAAAGGCGAGAGAGGUCCGAGAGAGAGUCGGGGCAGCAGGAUUUCUUCUUUUUUGUCCUGCGCCCUUUUCAAAGAGCGCGCUCAAGGAGAAACGGACGGGGACCGUAUUUCGUUACACGGUAACGAUCGAUCAACGUGACCGCACGACCGCACCGGCGGUACGGGCGAGCCGUGGCGAAGCGAGACGAAGCGAGGCGAGGCGAGGCGAGGCGAAACGAGACGACGACGAGUCGGGACGAACGGGACGGGGACGGGACGAACGGUCGGGACGGGACGGGACGGGAUGGGACGGAUCUGGGCGGUUACGGGACGCGAGGAGUACGGGGGACGCGACCAAACCAGACGAGAAGGGGGCGCGGUCAAGAUGGGGAUCGGUAUAUAGACGAAACCAAGAGACUGCUCGCACGCAUUGGAGGGAGCGGGACGCGUCGCCGCGUGUUCCGAAAACACUGACGACCGUGUACACGGAUGGACGUUAGACUAAUAGCCGCUAAUGUGAACCUGCGACUCCUAUAAUUUCCAACCGUCGUGGAGAACCUUGGAAAAUUGGUUAGAAGGGAAGAACUAGAUAGAUUGAAAGUAACUUUUCUGCUAUGGAAGUCGUCGUCGCGAAUACUCGAAGAAAUAAAAAGGGGAAGAAAUAUGAAAGUCACGUUUCGUUCGAUAAAAAAAAAAAACCUCUCGUUAGGAUAUCGAUUCUGAUGAUAAAUUUUCUUUUCGUGAAUUUGCAUUCAACUCUCAUCACUCCCUUUCAUGUGAUUUGACUUUAACGAUUUGUUUUUGUUUUCCGAUUAAGGUGUUAAAAAAGACUGUUCGCAAACGAUUUAUUUUUGUAGGAAAAACUCGUGCGUAUUUUCGUGCGAUGUUUUCCGAAAAGAAAUUCGUGGAAGAGAUCCAAAGAAAAAGAGAGAGAAAAAGCUGUGGAUAAAAUAGGAAAAGAAGGAGAAAGGGUCGUACUGUCUACAGUGUAUCGCGGCAUAUCCUCUAGCGCAUAUUGCGUUUGACACGACAUGUAUCGAAAAGGCUUGAUGGAGCACAAUCAGGCGCAAUCGUACCUCCUUCGGGCACACACAACCCCGGUCGAUAGUAAAUACGUUUCCUAGUUAUAUAGAUCGUGGCCCUGUGCACACGGCAAAGGGUUAAAAACUUCAUCCACUGAUAGAUAUUUAUACGAUGUGGAAGGAAGGAGGGCAUUAUUGUGCCUCGUUGAAACCCCCGUCGAACUCGUUAUAUAAUGUGACGUGGACACAUCAGGUAAUUAGGAAGCGUCGCAAGCAGAAACGUUGGCUGCUGACUUUGAAAAGGUUUCACUGGUUUGUUUGUCGGUUUCUUUCUCGCUCUUCGCCGAAUGGACAAAGAAGAAAAAUUCGCUUGCACGUUAUUUUUAAAUUUCGUCCGUGGAACUAUUCCUCGGCGAUAUUCUACUUUCGAACGAUGAUAUCCCGAUGGAUUUUCACAACGCGUGGUGGCCAUAUAGCAUGUUAAAUCGUCAUCGGUACAAUGGUUCACGUAUCGAAUCCUGAUUCGACUGGUUUCAAUCGGGACACAAAGGCGACGCGAAAAUGUUCAGUUUCGUGUGUACACGAAGUCUCUCGUUCCUGGUAAAUUUUGUUGGCAGAGCUCGGUUGUCGAGAGCAGAGUUCGUUCCUGGCACCACUUACCCUUCGCCGUCCAUCUCGGCCGAGCAUUUCCGCCCCGGUGUUUUUGCUCGUUCAAAGGGAACGAACCUCUUAGCGGCGAAGUAGAGGGAAGCUAAACGGAUACAGGGCCUAAAUACAGUUACUUGAACUGUGAACGACGGAAAAAACUUUUCGCGUUACUUUUUUUUGCAAGCUGUUUACCAAUCGAUAGAUCUUCUAAUAAAAUUUUUAUUUUCGAAAAUAUCAAUUAUUCAUAUGUGUAUUCUAAAAUACCGAGACACGUUAAAAAAAAACGAUAAAUGGCUAUAUUUUUUUAAAAGCGAAGAAUUAUGACGGUGAUAGUUCCCGAUAAUCUACAAAAAGAUAAAUGAGUAGACAUUGUUACUGUCGUUAAUCCCAAUUAUCGAUAUUUUUCACUUUUUUAAUAUUUUUAAUAUUCACUUUUUUCUCUUACUUUUCUUCAAAAAGAAAAAAAUUUAAAAAUAAAUAAAUUUAUUUUUAAUUUUAAUCUUCGAUCAGUUAUGAUUUGUACGUCAGCUUUAUUAAACAUUCUCUCCGAUUCUGUCAAUUCUUCGUCUCUAGUUUAAUAUUUCGAUCUAGUUUCUCCUUCUUCUUCUUCUUCUUCGUUCACUUGGCCUCUUUUUCUCUUCAGUUUCUCCGUAAUCUGCCAUCAACCGCGUAUAUACAUACUACUUUCGUGUUCGAUUCGAUAUAUUCCGUCGCUUCCUAUGCAAAGGAUACGCUCGUAGAAUUCGAUUGUCGUUCGUCGAUACGUCGAAAGA